AUGGAGAAAGGUGACGUGCGGGUGGACCUCGACAAGCUCCCCAUCAAGCGCCUUGAGGCCAUUGACGAGAUUGGCAACGAGCACUACCCACCGGACACUAGCAACGAGGAGCAGCGACUCGCGGCUAUCCGCCGGAUUGACUUCUCCUGGGUCAUAGAGAAGGAUGCAAAGAAGGCCAAGAAGGCGGCUGAGGCUGACACUACCCAGCAGGCAUGGCCCUGGCAGGGCCUUAUGGAGAGCCUGCAGCAGGCACAUCAGAAGCUCUCCGUCGUCAUAGACCUCAUCGGCACGGUGGAGGCUAAUGACGCUGUGGCAGUCGCCUCGACAACGAAGCCCAAGUCGCAGCCAAAUGAAAUACUUAUUGACAUGGCAGUCUCUGCUGCCACCAAGCUCCAGCGCCUUAGGGCACUUUCUGUACAAAUACCACAGAAGUCUUUCCGUUCCUUGAGCCUUCAAUUUCGUGGAGACAUAGCUAAUAAUGCAGAAAGCAGUGCUAUCAAAAAGAAAGAAGGCACAUUAACCAACACAACUACUGAAGCCGAAAAGGAUGUUUUGGAGAAUGAUGAUGUCAAUAAAUCUAUCAAACAUGCACAUUCCAUCCUUCGUGACAUCCACAAGUCCAUAUUUGAGGAGCAGACAUUUAUCCAAUCUCAAGGCAUCAAUGUUACUGGGAUGUGCGAAGAUUUUCUCCAAUUAGCGAUUGGCCAGGAGUGUUCUUUGUGCCUUUCACUUGAGCUCUCUGGACAGAAUAGUAACUCAGGAACAGUAAGGCAGGAAGAUCAUAUGGAUACAGAUUAUACUGGAAAUCUUGCAGUAGCCACUGUAAAUGGGAAGGAGUCUUCAAAUAAGGAUGUGAGAGGGUUUCCUAACCCCAAAUGCUUAGACAUUUACCUGCUACAUAUGUUCCAUGAAAACAUUCUUAGGAAACUCAGGGAGAAAUCUCGUCAUAUGGUUCGUUACCAGGGUUCUGCUCAGGCUGCACCUGACGAUUGUGGCCUGCUAAGUCAUUUUUGCAUGACAGUGUCUCACAAGAUAUUUUCUAACAAAGUUAGUAGGGUUCCUUAUCUCCAUCUGCGUUCCCUUCCUACAUGGCAUUCUCGGACGUCUUCCUGGCCUCUCUGCUUGAAAGUUCCUCAGCCUAUCCUGUCCACUGAUCGAGCCAGAAAGCCUUCAGACCAUCACGAGCUGAAGUACAAAUCCAGGUCACAGUUUAGUACAAAGGUGAUCUUGAAAGAUGGCCAAAUUAGUUUAAUGGGUGAGGGCUCUCCAAGCAUUGCUGGAUCGUUGACUGGGAAGCCAUCUGAUGGACGUCUUUUUAUUGUUUUUCCUUACUUCUAUUUAGUCUCUCUUCUCCUUCUUUUAUUUUAA